ACCGUAGAGUAGUCUGUAUAUUUUGAAGUGCGGAGAGAGAGAGAGACUUAUAAAAACUGAAAUCGGAAAAACAAAAGCCAAACGAAGCUUCGAUGGCUGCUACAGUUCUCCGCCAUUUCAGCCCAAUUUCAUCCUCCCUUAAACCACCGUCUCGUCACCGCCGAUUCCUACACCACAAUUUGUUACUCCCCAAAAUACCCUUUCCCUCUUCUUUCAUCAAAUUCGGCGCCGAGAACUCCGAGCCCCAACCUCCACCGCCGUUGCCGGAAGCCGAUUGUCCCGUUCCGCCGGAGCAACAGCCGAUCAACGAGUACCAAUCACUCUCCACCUCUUUCCCUUUCUCCUGGGCUUCAGGAGAUCUAGUCGAGUACUCCUCCAGGCUCUUCGUCACCGGCGCUUCUUUCGCGUUUUUCAUUGGAUUACCCGUUUGCUGGUUCGGAUCCGUCGGACCCGAGUACGAACCUGUUAAGAGGAUUCUCGCUGCCAGCUCAAGCGGGAUCUUCGUUGUCACGCUUGCUGUCGUAAGGAUGUAUCUCGGUUGGGCUUAUGUCGGAAAUCGUCUUCUUAGCGCCACUGUUGAAUAUGAAGAAACUGGGUGGUAUGAUGGUCAGGUUUGGGUGAAAACACCUGAAGUCUUGGCACGCGACCGUCUUCUUGGAUCUUUCUCGGUAAAACCAGUCCUCGCCCGAUUGAAAAACACGCUAGUGAUUCUCGGAUUAUUGCUCAUUCUUGUCAUAAACCUUGGUGAUUCUCCAUUUGCAUUGUCUUAUAGAACAUAUAAGGAUCCUAGGGACAGGUCCUCCCUGCCGAUCCCAGGAGCUUACAAUGAUGAAACCGCAAGAACAUUCGAACCAGAAGCUUUCUGCGGUGAACCUGGUGAAUCUUCCGCUGAUCUUCUUUGAAAAGUUCUUCAUCUCAACAGAAAGACAUACAGUCGCUGAUAGUAAAUAUACAUCUGUACAUUCCUGUAUAUUUCGUUAAAUUGGAUGUAGAAGACAAAACCAAUCUUGAUGAAUCGAAAAACUCAUUACUAGGUUUGGCAUCUA